AUGGAAACUAAGACGAUGAAGAUUAUAUUUUUUCUUAUGGUUUUUGUUUUUGCAAUGACUUGGUUUCCUACGAGUGCUCAACCAACGGAUCCGGAGGGGUGUUUUAAGGCGUUUAAAAGCACAUCAAGAGGAUGUCUUGAAAGCAUAAAAGGAAUUUUACAUGGACAUGUCCAUGGGAUUAAGAAAGAAUGUUGUGAAACCGUUAGUAUAGUUUCUGAUGUGUGUUGGCCAAUAAUUUUCCCAAGCAUGCCUUACAUCCGUUUUGUAUUAAAGGGUAUUUGUACUAUUAAAUACUCUUUGCAUUGAAGCAUUUGAGGAUUUGUUUUGUUUGAUAUUCUCAAAGUGAGAAUAAAAGAUCAUCUACUAUAAUAAAUAAAAUAUUAUUAAUCAUAUGUUUUAAAUUACCAUUAAGUAUCAGAUAUACAUUUAUAAUUCAUAUAUAAUUAAACUUCGAUUGAUUGAUUCCAUGAAAAUAUUGUUGAUGCACGAAAUCACAUAAGUACGAAAUGGGGAUCAAUUGCAACUAUUACGGGUUGGUUAACAACCGCUUUGAGAAGAGAUGCCUCGUUGUUAUUAGAUACGUAUCUGGAAUCAUCGAUAGUAACCCUGUAACCUCUGGCCUUAGAAGGAUCGCAUCUUUCUUUGACACCCUUGUACGGGUAGUUUGCAUCGGUGGUGAUUCCACCAUUUUUUUUAUAAUCUUUUGCAUCGGUAGUGAUUUACAUUUAUCUCAAUGAACUUAUUAGGCUAUUAACUUUUACCAAGUCCGUAGAAGUAUGUGAUGAUGAACUACGAGCACAGCCGUGCCAACAUAUAUGGAAACCAUAGACGAAUAUUAAAAGAAAAUCAAAGUUAAAAAAUAUCAUUAUUUUGUGAAAAAAAUACUACACCAAUUAACAAAAUAUUUACUCUAACAACAUUUUCAAGAUUUAUUAAUCCAAUCUAAAAAAACAUGAAUCAACCAUCACUAGAGUUGAUUAAUAGCCAAUUAUUUAAUUUUUUGUUUAAAAUUUGAGUAAAAUAAUACAAACAACUAUUAUUAGAUGACAAACAUAAAUCAUAACGAAGAAUCUUAUAGCUUGAUUAUGUGAUUGAUUUAUAAAUAGAGAAGAACAAAAAAAAAAAUUGCAUCAAAAAAGUUUAGAUUGGUGAUUUAGAACAAGGUGAAUAAAUUAGUUACUCUAGUUUUUUUGUUGAGAAAAGCGAGAAGUUGAAUUGAAAACAUCUCUUCAGUCUAAUCGGAAAAAUUAAUAAAAUGAAAACCAUGAGUUGAAUAAUUUAGGAGAUCUUGAAAAUUGAUGAAUACUAAUGAAUCAAAAGGGUUCCUUUAAAACAAAUGUUAAGGAAGAAGAAUAAUCAAUUAUCAGCUAAAUGUGGUAAUUUAUCAUUAAAUUAAUUAUCAGCUUCAUGUAGUAAUUGAU